UGGAUCCGCCAUUAAGCCCUAUCUAUCUACAUUUACAACACAUAUUAUCGCCCUUCGCGACUCCUUCAUGAAGCUUCAUUGAAGCCCAGAUUUUUCUCUUCAAGGAAGACAUAAUUCCCGCCAUGCUGCGUCAAGGGCGCUGAAAUUUGUGGGAAUUUGGACUUGGCUGGCCUUCAUUCCGUACUCUCUACCCCUCCCCCUCCUUCUCUCACCAUGUCCGACGUAAUAGAGAAAGUCGAUCUAGAUACGUCCAAGAUAUCUCAUUGGAAAUCGAUAUUCACUCUCAUAGUGUUUGUCAUAGCUAAUAUCACCGUCCUGUUUCCGUUCCACAUACCUUUACCGGUACCUCUUAUACUAUAUAAGGCUGUGGUAAAGAGCUUGGUAUAUUCGCGCGUGAUACCUGCAAGACAACACUAUGACCGGAGAAAAUCCGAGCUUAAUUCAACCGAUCAAACCGAGGGAAAUGGCAGCCCCGUGAAGCCAUAUGUAUGGUUUCAAUUUCCGAUCAACUUCGUUACAGGUCCGCUAAUAGCGGACCUAUUCUUAUUGGCAAUCAGCGCCAUUGGAAAAGAAGAAGUGAAGGGCGGUAUCGCCGGCUCAGAUCAUAUCGUACCGUAUGAUAUUUUACUCUUCUUUUUCUCGCUCGCAUACAUUGCCAUCUCGAUCGACGCAUCGGGCCUCAUCAGAUGGCUUGCGUUUAAAGUGCUUCAAUUAGGAGGCAAAGUGGGACACCGUCUGUUCUUUUAUCUUUAUGCUUUUUUCUUCGGCUUGGGUAGUUUUAUCGGGAAUGAUCCCAUCAUUCUAUCUGGCACUGCGUUUUUGGCCUACAUGACUCGCGUCUCGAGUAAUAUUGUUCAUCCCCGCGCAUGGAUUCAUACACAGUUUGCGAUCGCCAACAUCGCCUCGGCUAUCCUUGUUUCUUCAAAUCCGACUAACCUUGUUCUCGCCGGGGCCUUCAAGAUCACAUUCAUCAAUUAUACCCGGGACAUGGUUGUUCCAGUCGUUCUAACUGCAGUGUUUCUAUUCCCGUUCCUGCUCUACAUCGUUUUCGCAAAUGAAUCUCUCAUCCCAAGCUCGAUUGAGAUGCACGAGCUUGAUGCGGAAGCAAGAGCCAGAAAACCUAUAAACCCCAAUAUUCCAUUCGGCCGGGGAACUGCAGGGGAAGAAGAAAAGCGGCUUGCAAGCAAUGAAGCGGGCCAGCAGUUAUCCCUCGAAGAGAUCAUGAACCCUUUCCUCGACAAAGCCGGUGCUGCAUUUGGAGCUGUUGUAAUGACUGCCACUCUCAUCACUAUCAUCGUACUUAACGAAAUACAGUCAAGCAAGAACCAGGAGACUUUCGUCUUCUACGUCACCGUCCCGGCUGCUGGUGUGAUGCUUACGUUUGAUCUGGCUUGGGGGUGGUACCACCGCAAAGAGACACGCAAGAUCGCUCGCGAUGGAAGAAGGCAAGUUGCCGAGGCUGAAGAGAGAAGGAAGAGGGAAUUAGCUGCAGAAGCAGGCAUUCUCGGGGCAACUAGCGAUACAUCUUCACCGCCCGUAGAGCUAUCUGAGAUGCAAAAUACUGGUGACGGGAAUAAUAGUCGCGACGGAGAGGAGAGUCAGCUCAACACCCUGGACGAGAAAAAUGCAGAAAACAGCACAGGAGACAGUGCAAGUAUAACUCCGUCGUCCAUUGCACGCCCAGAGCCGUCGUCAGAAACCCCGGUAGUUUCACAGAGCGGCGAAGACACGAAUCAUAAAAUAGCACCUAUACAAUCGCAAAAACGCACAGAUACACAGUCGACUGAAGCAAUUGAGGAAAAGCAGAGAGGUGUUGCCGGGGCUAUAGCAAUGGCCAAUUCUCCACGCGCAACUACAGCACCAAGAGGCAAUAACCCUGCCACACUUGUGUCUGUCAGUGCAGACGCAUAUAGAUGGCUACAGGAUACUUUCCCCACAGUCGUCGCGGUUUUGAACCAUCUUCCAUUCGCGUUAUUGCCAUUUUCAUUUGAGAUGUUCAUUCUCGUACAGGGCCUAGUAACAAACGGGUGGGUGCCCGUAUUCGCAUACGGAUGGGACCACUGGGUGAACAAAACAGGGACGAUCGGGGCAAUCGGUGGAAUGGGAUUUCUAUCCGUCAUUCUAUGCAAUUUCGCCGGCACAAACAUCGGCACCACCAUCCUCCUGUCUCGCGUCAUACAAGCGUGGGAGGAGAUCCACAGGAGAAACAUGCAGCCCAUCGGCAACCGGACCAAGUGGGCGACGAUAUACGCCAUGGCCCUCGGCGUCAACUACGGCGCCUUCAGCAUCGCCUUCAGCGCAUCCCUCGCCGGGCUCCUCUGGCGCGACAUCCUCCGCCGGAAGCACAUCCGCGUGCGCGGCUUCGAGUUCGCCCGCGUCAAUCUGCCGAUCAUCAGCGUUGCCAUGACCAUCGGCUUAGUUGCUCUGCUCGGGGAGGUGUACAUUUUCCGACGCGACUAAAUGAAAUGACGAUAGAUAAACAAGUCCAUGAUAUACUUAUGUUUAGGCGCUAUAGAGUUUCUAUAUAUACAUAUAUAUAUACCUGUUUACGUUGACUUUGAUGAAUGAGGAAAAAAGACAAUAUUGGGAGCUAGUUCGCUUGCGCUAUGGGUUCGUUUCAUCGAGUAAAGGAAUGUGGAAUGCUAUGGUUGACGAGCGAAUAAGCUGAGAAAUGCGAGUGCAGAUGUAUACUCUAUCCCCGACCGGGACUCAUUCAGCUCAUGACCGCUAAAUUUUACAUUUAUCAACAAUGAGAGGACAGUAAAUAUUCAUGCUUCAACCAGUAUAGAUCACCGACCCUGGUCAAAUGGUAUAGAAUACCUAUCGUGGAAAA